GUUUGGUCACUAGACAUACGCUUUUAAGUUUUAACCUUUUAACAUUAAGUUCGUAUACUAACCGUGACGUUACUGGGUCACGACUCACGAAUAACGAUUGUGGAAAUGUGGACUUUUAACUUUUAAGCUCAGGCGUGAUGUUGUCAGUGCGGACCGGGCCGGACGUCCGUCUGUUCCCCGCUGUACGUGUUCCGAUGCUGUUCUGCUUCGAAUAAAAAAUCAAUUUUUGACAACUUAAUACUUAUUCGUUCGAUUAUGUCGACACCAUGGAGGACGUUCGUCAAAUGGCGUUUCAUCACUAAAAUUCUAGUCAACAAAUUCAAGGAAUUUUUGUCCAGCACUGUCGUAAGAUACCUGACGCCACAAAAUAAAACAACUGUUUUUAUUGAGCAAGGCACUUUACAAGGAAUUCACUAUAAAACACAAGUGUCAAAUAAGCCUUAUGUCAGUUUUUUAGGCAUACCCUAUGCUAAACCACCUGUUGGAAAACUGAGAUUCAAGCCUCCUGUCAAACAUCCAGGAUGGUCUGGUACAUUGAAAGCAUUUUCCGUAGGAAAUAUGAGCAUGCAGUAUUCUUUCUUAGAGAAAAAAAUUGUUGGAAGUGAAAAUUGUUUAUAUUUAAACAUAUUUGUGCCAUUGGAAGAACAAAAUGAAAAGAAGGCAGUGAUGGUGUUCAUACAUGGAGGGAUGUUUUAUAACGGAUCUGGAUCGCUAGAUUUCUACUCUCCUGAUUAUUUGAUUGAUGAAAAUGUUAUCAUAGUUACAAUCAACUAUCGUUUGAAUGCUCUUGGAUUUCUMAACUUCGAUAUUGAUGAAUGUCCUGGCAAUAUGGGUUUAAAAGAUCAACUGUUUGCAAUUAAAUGGGUAAAAGCUAAUAUUAAUGCGUUUGGAGGAGAUGCUCAAAACAUUACUAUUUUUGGAGAG